GACUUUUGCUUUCGUUUCGGGCAAUGCAUGCCUCAGUCCACUAUAUCUGCAAGGACGAUAACAAGCUCGCGAGCUUAACACUGAUGCACAAGCGAAGCUCAGAGCAACAAGUGGUUGAUUCGGUAACGCGCGCGAUAUCCUGUGAUUUGUGUGAUACUUUUUGAUUUGUGAUAUUUUUUUGUGCCGGAUUAUAAAUAAAACUGGACUUAAGCAUGCAACCCCAAGAAAUUUAAGAAAACCCGUAUACCUGGGUUGACUACAAUGAAAUUUCAAUAUUACUUCCGAAUAGCGCACUUUGCAAAAAACCAUUUUGGUGUUGAAGCAGGCAAAUACAAAAAUCAAGAUGAAGUUCCAAUUCAGAUGCUUCUGUCAAAGCAUUUUCACUUCAGUCGACUAGUAUACGUUUUAAUGGGUAUAUUCACAUUGGUUAUGGGUAUAGUAUUAUCUUCUGUCCCAUGGUUAGAUUAUGUCAUUUUACAGAAUUUAAAGUUGUGGAAUGGUUCCCUCAGUUUUCAGUAUUGGCAGAAACCUGGUGUGGUUAGGUUUACGAAAGUGUACAUCUUCAAUGUUACAAACCCAGAUACGUUUUUGAGUGAUGGGGAAAAGCCAAAGUUACAGGAAAUUGGUCCUUUUGUGUAUAGGGAAGAGAUGGAAAAAGUUAACAUUAAGUUUCACGAAAAUGGAACCUUAUCGUACCAACAUAAGAAAAUAUUACAAUUUGUACCUGAAUUAUCUGUAAAUAAGCACCAAAAGAUUACAGUCCCAAAUAUACCAUUACUGACACUGUCGACUUACUCAAACACAUUGGGAAGUUUUAUUCAAAGGACAAUAUCCUUUCUGCUGAUGGUUGGAAAAUUUAAACCUUUUGUGACGGUGACAGCAGAUGAGCUGGUGUUCGGGUAUGACGACAAAUUGGUGUCGUUGGCGCACCAAUUUUACCCCAAAAGAAAAAGACCCAUGUCCAAAAUGGGACUGUUGAUCAAUAGAAACGGUACCCUCAACGAGAUCCACAACAUCUACACUGGAUCCAGUGGUAUGAUGGAGUUUGGACUCCUGGAAAAAUUAAAUGGUGACGAUAGGUUACCGUACUGGGAGAACUCGCCGUGUAAUGCUUUAAGAGCAAGCGAAGGCUCAUUUUUCCCGCCCAGAUACUUCACCAAACAGGACAUGGUCCACAUCUACGACAAAGAUCUCUGCAGGAUAAUGCCACUGCAGUACCGAGGUCCAGUCACCAAACACGGCAUCCAGGCGGAUUUAUACACGCCGCCCAGCAGCAUUUUCGAGAAUGUGGACAAAUAUCCAGAUAACAAAUGCUAUUGCCCCGGAAACGAAUUCUGCCCACCGAAAGGAUUGCAAAAUAUAAGUCCUUGCCAAUUCGAUGCCCCUGUUUACCUGUCAUUUCCGCAUUUCCUGGAUGCAGAUCCAGAAUUACUUCAAGGAUUCGAAGGACUGUCGCCCAACAAGAAAAAACAUCAGUCUUAUUUCAAAAUACAACCUAAACUUGGGGUGCCACUGGAAGGCAAAAUUCGGGCGCAGCUGAACUUGAAAGUGGACCAGGCUCCGUACGUGGCACCAGUAAAAAACUUUCCUACCAUAAUUUUUCCAAUAAUGUGGGUCGAAGAGGGGAUCGACGAUGUGACGCCGGCUAUCCGUCGCUGGAUGUAUUUAGCCACGACGUUUGCAGACGUCGCUUGUCCGCUGAUGACGUACGGCUUCAUCUUCAUCGGCGGAUGCAUCCUGGUAGGCGUGUUCAUCAACACCUACAAGUCCAUAGUGUUCACCAAAGAGACCAUAGAGGUGGGGAUGAAGCAUCUGCGAAAGCGGGGCAGCCUCUACAUCCACCAGCCGAACCUCGUGAUUAGCAGACACGACACCUACACACUUUUGGAUAUGCGGGAGGAAAUGGAAGUCUGAGCCGUUUGUUGUUGUUGUUAAUAUUGUUAUCGCCAGUUUAUCAAAGUUACGUCCAAAGAACUGGAAAUAUGUAGAUUAGGGUGAUUCAUUUCCGCAAAGUUUUUGUUUUUUU